UCCAAAAAUAUCAAGACGAGGUAGAGUGACAUAUUAUUGUUUGGAGAGAGAAAUAUUGGAGCCACUGAGAGAGAAUGGAUCCCUCCGAUUUGUUUGAAGCUGAUCAAGCAUCUGGUUUGUCUUCGCAAAUAGAGGACAACACUGGCAUGGAACCGGUUUAUUACUACGCUGCAGAAAAAGGCGAAAUUAGGGGUUUCAAAAAUAUUGAAAAGUCUCAUAUUAACCUAUUACUAACCCCAAAUAGAAACACAAUUCUUCAUAUUUACCUCACAAGCCUAACUCAAAGAUCGAAAGAAUCAAAAUCACCAACAGCCUUUGUUCAAGAAAUUCUCAGAACGUGUCCAUUACUGCUAUCACAAGCUAAUGUCAAAGGUGAAAUUCCUUUGCAUAUCGCGGCAAGGUAUGGGCAUGACACCAUCGUGAAAGUUUUAAUUGAUCAUGCAAAAGUUCCACAACAAGAUCUCGAAAGUGGAGUUAAUAUACUAGUUAAGGAGAUGCUGGAGAUGAUGAAUAAUGAAAAAGAUACGGCCUUGCAUGAGGCUGUACGUAAUAAUCAUCUUGAGGUAGUGAAACUGUUGAUUGAAGAGGGUCCUGAUUUUUCAUAUUCUCAGAAUGAGGCUGGCGAGACUCCACUUUACAUCGCUGUCGAGAGAGGAUCUAAAGAAGUGAUGGAUUACAUUUUAGAUAAGUGCACAUCACCGGCUCAUGAUGGUCCCCUUGGUAGAACAACAUUGCAUGCUGCACUAAUUUGGAACAAUACUGGAAUGAUGGAUAAAAUUCUAGCAUCUCAUCAAGAACCAAGUGCUUUUGUUAAACAAGCUGAUGAACAACAUUCAACUCCUCUUCACUAUGCUGUAUACCGCGGUAAUAAUGAUGCAGUCAAAAUGUUGCUAAAAGUUGAUAGAUCUAUAGCAUAUAUGAGAGAUACAAAUGGCAUGACGGCUCUUCACAUUGCAGCCCAUAAAGGCAAUGCUAUGGCAAUGAGACAGAUUUUAGAAUAUUGUCCUGAUUGUUGUGAACUAGUUGACAAUAGAAGUUGGAAUGCACUCCAUUUUGCAGUGAACUCAUCAAGUGAUCAGGCUGAAAAUAUAGUGCCAAUCAUCCUAAGUAAAUCAUCACUCAGCAACAUUUUGAAUGAAAAGGAUGCCAAAGGGGCCACACCUCUCCAUCACUAUUCCAAAUCAUUGAAAUAUAUAAAGAAUCUCAUAGAUGACGAUAGAGUCGAUAAGAUGGCCUUCAACAAAGAAAACCUUGACGCUUACGACAUUGUUUUAAAUACUAAAGAAUUAUCAGAUGAAAAGUUUAUGCAGAUUGAACGUGCAUUUGAAUACAAUCAUCGUCCUUCGGAAUUUCGAAGACCCUUAGGAGAAGCUAAGCAAGAUGCCUUCAAACGCUUGAAUGCUGAGCGGGAAGCUGUCCGAGAAGCUCGUAAAGUACGAUUUUAUUCUAUAAUGGAAAAAGCAACCCAAGUCCAUUUGGUAGUGGACACACUCAUUGCAACCGUGGCAUUUACGGCAGGUAUUACCAUGCCUGGGGGUUUCAGAGGUCUUGAAGGCCCACACCCAGGCUCUGCAGUUCUGAUGAGAAAUGCUGCUUUCAGAGCCUUUGUUAUUACAAAUACCAUAGCCUUGGUGCUAUCUUGUUUAGCUGCCUUUAUCCACCUAUUCAUGCCACUAUUGUCUCACAAACAAAAUCUUGAACUCUUUUCUUUACUACUAGCCUUGGCCUUCUGCCUUUCCAUAUCCGCCAUGGGAGCAAUGGUGAUGGCAUUUGUCACGGGAACAUACGCUGUGUUAAUGCAUUCCUUGGAUCUUGCAAUUUCCAAUUGUCUCAUCGUAUUGUGCUUCUUCAUCCUUGUCCUUUUCAUUAGUAUUGAAUGUUCACAUUAUUUGAAUGAAAUUUGGAGUACGGGUAUUUCUUGGUGUGCACACAAAUUUCGUAAAAGAUAAAUCACAUGGUUACGAAAUAGUGUGACAAAUGAUUAAUUUAUAUUGAUUUGUAUGAAAGCGAGUUCAGUUCUCUGUCUAA